GAAGUCCUUUGUUGAUUAAAAUGAAUAAUAUCAGCUGUGGUAGUUUUGUUAGAUUGAAAUUUUCUCUUAUUGCAAAUUCGUUUACUUUUAAUACUUAUCCAUUCCAGAAUUUCCUUAUUUAAUAUUGAUAGUGCAUAUUUUCUCAAACUUCUUUGUAAAAUUUCAUCUUAUUCCUUUCUUUACGGCUGGCCGUAAAUUUACUACAUCAUGGCUACUCUUAUAAAAGAUGUGGAAAUUACUGAUAAGCAUCCCACUAAGUUGUUUUUAGAUAAGCACAGUGCCUUUAUUGCUGCAUAUGGGAAAAAGAAAGAUGAUUAUGAAUACUGCAUUACUGAAUAUUUAAGGCUGAGUGGAAUAUAUUGGGGCCUUACUGCAUUAGAUUUGAUGGGCCAUAUGGAUAAAUUAGAUAAGGAAUCUAUAAUUGAUUUCAUAAAAAGCUGUCAACACAAGUGUGGUGGCUUCAGUUCCAGUAUUGGUCAUGAUCCUCAUAUUCUUUACACCUUAAGUGCUAUACAGAUUUUAACUAUGUAUGAUUCACUCAAUGUUAUUGAUGUUGAAAAAACAGUUGACUUCAUAAAAGGUCUUCAAAAAGAAGAUGGAAGCUUUGUUGGUGAUAAAUGGGGUGAGGUUGAUACGAGAUUUACUUUCUGUUGUGUUGCUUGUCUUGCUCUACUUAAUCGUUUAAAUGAAAUAAAUGUAGAUAAAGCUGUAGAAUAUGUUCUUGCCUCUAUGAAUUUUGAUGGUGGUUUUGGACGUCGACCUGGGUCAGAGACACAUGCCGGCCAGAUUUAUUGCUGUUUGGGUAUAUUAUCUAUUACACAUCAAUUACAUCAUGUUAAAGCAGACCUUUUAGGAUGGUGGCUUUGUGAAAGGCAACUUCCGUCAGGUGGUUUAAAUGGCAGGCCAGAAAAACUUCCUGAUGUAUGCUAUUCAUGGUGGGUGCUGGCCUCCUUAAAAAUUAUUGGAAGAAUUCACUGGGUUGAUAAGGAUAAGCUAGUCCGCUUUAUUUUAGCUGCACAGGAUGAGGAAACUGGAGGAUUUGCUGAUCGACCUGGUGAUAUGGUGGAUCCAUUCCAUACUGUGUUUGGUUUGGCUGGCCUCUCCCUCCUCGGGGACGAAAGGAUUAAAGAAGUGAAUCCAGUUUUCUGUAUGUGUGAGGAUGUGAUAAAAAGAAUUGGCCUUAAAGUGCAACGAUUGAAAAUGUAAUAUAUAAAGAUGUAUGAAUAAAUAAUUCUAUAUAUUCA